CGGCCGCCGCCGCCUCCUCGCCACCAUGUCGGUGGAGCUGGAAGAAGCCGAUCUGCCCCUCACCGAGGCGGAGGAGGCGCCGCUCGCGCCGGAGAAGAAAGCGGCCUCCAAGAAGGCGAAAGGGGGCGGCGGCUCCUCGCUGUCGCCUUCCAAGAAGAAGAAGAACAACAAGAAGAAGAACCAGCCGGGCAAAUACAGCCAGCUGGUGGUGGAGACGAUCCGCAAGCUGGGCGAGCGCAAUGGCUCCUCGCUGGCCAAGAUCUACAACGAGGCCAAGAAGGUGGCCUGGUUCGACCAGCAGAACGGCAGGACCUACCUGAAAUACUCCAUCAAGGCGCUCGUGCAGAACGACACGCUGCUCCAGGUCAAGGGCACCGGCGCCAACGGCUCCUUCAAGCUCAACAAGAAGAAGCUGGAGGGCGGCGGGGAGGGCGCCGCGGGGAGGGGCGCGCACAACCGCGGCCUCCUGACGGCGGCAUCGGCACCGCCGGAGCAGCAGAGGGGCUGCGUCCACCCCAGGGCGAGAGGAGACCCCGGGGCAAGCGAGAGCGGAGCGCUGCGAGCCCACAGGCCACCGGCCAGGGCUGCUCGGAGAGCGUCGAGCGCAGGAGGCGGCGAGACACAGCACGCGCGACAGCAUUCGAUACGGAACCAGUUUAAUCAGGAGAGCAGGCGCCGGCUCCGCGCAGCGGGGAAGCCGCUCUGCGUCACGCCGGAGCCGCAGGCGCAGCCGGCCCCGCUGCUGCUCACGCCUCACCCCUUCAAUAAACACUGCUCUAGCUAA